CGCGGUUCUGACAGGGCGGGCAGAGCCCAGUCUCCUCCUCUGCCGACCCUCCCGCGCCUGGGGGCUAGGCGCCAGUCCGUCAGGCCGGGUGUAGAGAAUAUCUCAGUGGUAGCUACAGUUCCACCUCUGGUCUGGCUGCCAUGUAUCAUGGGCAAAUAGCUAGUAAAAGGCCCUCUAAUCCCACGCAGAUGUACCAGCAACCUCCAAGGCUUCUCAUUGUGCAUAUUGCUCUACCAUCCUGGGCUGACGUCUGCUCCAACCUCUGUGAGGCUCUGCAGAACUUUUUCUCUCUAGCCUGCAGCUUGAUGGGCCCCAGCCGCAUCCCUCUCUUCAGCUUAUACAUUGUACAAAAUCAGCACGAGUGCAUCCUCCCUUUUGUGCAAGUGAAAGGGAACUUUGCUAGGCUGAAGGCUUGCAUCUCAGAACUCCGCAUACUGCAAACAGAAGGUUGUUUCAGACCACAAGGCAUUUCUCUGCAGCUGGCAAUACAGGAUGGGCUCCAGCAGUUCAAACAGUACAGCAGACACGCAAGCACAGGUGCAGCUCUGACCUACAGUUCCCUGGAGAUUACCAUUCUGACUUCACAGCCUGGAAAAGAGGUGGUCAAACAGUUGGAGGAAGGAUUGAAAGAUACAGACCUAGUCAGGAUCAGGAAGCUUCAGGUGGUUGAGAUCACAAAGGGAGCCCUAGAAUGUAUGAACUCAGCAUCCCCUGUUGAAGAGCCCAGCAAUGAGGAGAGUCCUAUCCUGACAACUGACAUUGAUCUUCAGACUAUAGACAGUGAUAUUGUCAGCAUGGAGAUUUUCUUCAAAGCCUGGCUGCAUAACAGCGGAACAGAUCAAGAACAUGUUCACCUUCUUCUUCCUUCACGGAGUAUCAGCAACAUUUCCAGAACCAGAGAUGAUUCAAUGUGCCUGAAAUGUGAUCUUCAAGAGCGACUUCUCAGCCCAUCCCUACUCCCUGGAACAGCUGAUGGCUCUUUGAGGAUGGAUGACCCCAAAGGAGACUUCAGCACCCUCUACCAGAUGGUUUCCCAUUCAUCAGCCUCUUGUUACAAGCUCCGGGUGAUCAAGGCUCUAAAAUCCAGUGGGGUCUGCGAAUCACUGACCUAUGGGCUCCCCUUCAUCCUCAGACCCACAAGCUGUUGGCAGCUGGAAUGGGAUGAGCUGGAAACAAAUCAGCAGCAUUUCCAUGCUUUGUGUCACAGCCUGCUGAAAAGAGAAUGGCUGCUAUUGGCCAAAGGGGAGCCCCUGAACCGAGAAGACAAACUGAGAGAGCCCACUAGCACCUUCUACGUGAUCCUGCCGUCUCCCUCUCCCACUCUGCUGGUGAAGGCAGUGGCCACUCGGGAACUGAUGCUGCCCAGCCCUUUCCCCCUGCUACCUGAGGACAUGCCUGCUGAUAGCCUUAAGACUGUGGAGAGCAUGCUUGAUGACCUGGAACUAGAAUCCACCUACAACCCCUUGCAAGUUUGGAGCCACCUGUACUCACACCUGAGCAGCACCUUUGCCAACCCUCACAGCCGGUUCCACCCAAGCUCCAAGAGCCGAGCUGUGAGAAAGCAUCCCUACAAGGCUGAGCCUUUGCAAAUAAAUCGAGUGCGAGCCACAGUGGCCCCUCUGCCUAUGACUCCAGCCCCUGGCAGAGCCUCCAAGAUGCCAGCAGCCAGCAAAGCUUCCUCGGAAGUCUUCUUCCAGCCUUCUGUGGAAGAGGAGGAAGAAGAGGCAGAUGAGGAGCAUCCCUCAGGGCCCUAAGUCUCUGGCGCCGUAGCCCAACUGCCCUGCUAAAGCGCGUCCAUGCCAAGGCUCCAGAUCUGCCCCACAGUGGCUUUCUCUGGCGACUUGCCUUCUCUCCACCUGACCCUCUGUGAGCUCCAGGCGACUGGGAAACAGAGCCUCCCCUCCUCCGCCUUCAGUGCUUUCACCACCCCACUCCUCAGGCCAUGAGGAGACACAUCUGACCCUCUUCUUUCUCCAAGAAGGGACUUAUUUUUCCUUUGGAUCAUUUGAUACUGUUGACACAAAUGAAGAAUAAAUACCCAAUGGGUCUCCACCAUUGUUAGGAGCAUUCCCAGAA